ACAUAAACACACCACCCACCUCACUCACACCGCCCGCCAUCUUCUUCUAGCUAACAACCGGCCCAAAAUAAAACAUUGUGUUAAAACGCUCAGCGCAGCUCUAUCGAUAAUACUCGGGUUGUUUUAGCUACCUUAUAACGUUACUGAACAAUGAGUGACAUUGAGGAUGGACACUAUAAAGGCCGGGGGUCACGCUCCCCAUCUAAAUCGGAUCGGGGGAGUCCAGCUCGGGUCAAGUCGGAGAGCAGGUCCGGCUCCGCGAGCCCAGCCCGGGCCGCCAAACGCUCUGAGUCCAGAUCCCGCUCUCGGUCCAAAUCUAGGUCUCGUUCUAGGCGGCGCUCAAACCGCCGCUAUAGCCGCUCACGCUCUCGGUCCUAUUCCCACCGGAGGAAGUCCCGCUCUCGUUCCUACAGUCCCGAGUACCGCCGCAAGAAGAGCCCGAGCACUUCGCCUAUGUCGAGCCGGCGCCGUCACAGUCACACUGGCAGCAGACAGAGCCAAGACUUCACUAAAGAAGCACACGGUCACGGCGGAGGAGAUGCUGAUGUCAGGGCGAACCCCGACCCCAGCACAUGUCUGGGGGUGUUUGGCUUGAGCCUGUACACUACAGAGCGUGACCUGAGGGAGGUGUUUUCGCGCUACGGACCUCUGGCGGGGGUCAACGUGGUGUACGACCAGCGCACGGGUCGCUCCCGUGGUUUCUCCUUUGUUUACUUCGAGAGGAUUGAGGAUUCCAAAGAGGCAAUGGAGCGAGCCAAUGGCAUGGAGCUGGACGGGAGGCGCAUCAGGGUGGACUAUUCCAUCACUAAACGUGCUCAUACCCCCACACCAGGAAUCUACAUGGGAAGACCAACUCACAAUGGUGGCGGUGGUGGUGGAGGAGGAGGAGGAGGAGGAGGCGGCGGCGGUGGUGGUGGUGGCGGCGGCGGCGGAGGUGGCGGAAGCAGCAGCAGGAGGGGAGGGAGAGACUCGCAUUACGACCGUGGCUAUGAGCGCUACGACAGAUAUGACGAGUAUGACUAUAGGUACAGUCGCCGGCGCUCUCCAUCGCCCUACUACAGUCGAUACAGGUCUCGCUCACGGUCUCGCUCCUACAGCCCACGGCGAUACUAAGUUUUCUUCUUUCAACGUUCAGCUUCCCUCCAAUAAUUGAUGUGUGUGACUCAUCAAGGUGUUUCUGAGGGGAACAUUUUGAAUUAGCAUGUCUAUAUCAACAGAACUCUUACAUUUGAGUUGGUUCUUGUUUACAUGCAAUAGGUGUCUUGAUUUUUUAGACGUUUUUGAUGCAUCCAUGUUGUGUGAGCAAAGAACUUCAUCAUUGUUACUCGCAUCCUUCCUUCCCUCUUCAUUUUCUGCAGCAAAGAUACCUUUUUUUCCUGUUAAGCGAUGGCUAAAUGAGAUUUAUUGCACUGUUAACGUGGUCCUUGUCACGAUGGGGGAAAGUAAAUAAUGGUGCCACUUAAUUUUACAACCUGUGGGCUAUUAAUUAAAUGUAACAAUCCACUCUGUGUGUGUGUGUGUUCAGUAAAGAUCACAGAUUGAUGUCAAUGUUACCAAGAGCUAACUGAGUUUAUUGGUAAGUAGCAGGUAAAUCCUGCUGUUAAAUGGAGUGACAGUGGUUCUCUGCUCACAUUCAUUUUUCUUUUUUCUUUUUUUAGUCAAGUCAUCAUUGAGUUUCUCUAGAGUUUUAUCAUGUCUUGCAUUUUUUUUAUUGUUGUUUCUUUGUAUGGAAAUACAAAUAUAUGAAAACUCCAAAA